AUGGCAUACCGUCCGGAUGAAGACAAGGACGACGACGAGCCCGGGACCGCUGGUACGUGGGAGAUGGAUAAGGAGGACAUCGCCAGGCGCGUCAAUGAGAAGCUCGACGUCCCAGACGACGGACCAGUCCAGAAGUUCUUCAUCAGGGCGACAAAGCGGUCCAAGCUGGUCCCGGUCCCAAGAGACAUUGACAUCGUACCCGACGGAAACCUCAUCGAGUACAAGCUCCGCAACCCCGACAUCGGCAAACUCGAGUUUCGGUUUCUGAUGGUGGACGAGGCACACACCGCCAAGAAACUCGACGGGGCGUAUAACCAUUGUUAUCGCCUGAUUAACUGGAAAAGUCUCGUUUAG